AUGGAUUUAGGAGCUAAGAAUGGUGAAAAACAAUAUGAAAAAGGCAGAAAUAUUAAAACAUUUGUUGAAGUCGAAGUCGAAGAAGAAGAAGAGCAAGAUCUUUUUGAGAUCAAUCUAGAGGUAGUGAAUAAAAUCCCUCCUCCACAAUAUUACUGGGAUAGCUAUUCUACUGCAACAAGCGACACUCUUCUGGCCAACUGUUUGCUGCCCAUUUCCGACGUGUCAAGAGCUAUUCCGAUGGUCUUGAAAGCAUAUGAUGUCUUGACAUGCCCAGGUGCGGCCGAGUCCAUGCCAAGAAAGCACAUGGAGGGUAACUUUGUGUUGCAGUGCAGGCAAAUGAAAGCAUAA